UAUAACUUAUGACUUUCAUUUCAAACGCAAAAAUAAAAUAAUUUCUGCUAUUUACUAGAAGAUAAAUUGAUUUUCAUCCCAAAAUGGUUGUAAUCAUGAGAUCAUAUGGUAGACACCAUGUACGAUAUUUUUCGUACAGCGACACUUUUUGGUCAUCAGGUUACAAAAGAUCCGACAUGGUGGCCGUCCCUAGCGUCAGUGGCGGGUUUUCCAGUAUUCAGACCAAGUUUAAUGCAGCCUUGGCCCAGAAAAUCCCACAGAGAUGUGCAGAACUGACUAAAAUCAUUGAUGAACAUCACACCAAGGACCUUCAUUCCAUCUACACCACUUUGUUGGAGAACAUCUUUGGGUUUAACUACUACACAGGAUGGGGGCUGAAGACUCUCAACAGGAAAACACAGCCAGUGGAGUUCAAUACAGUGAAAGCAUUCCUGUGUCCAGGAGGGCCCAUGUUCAGGCUCUUCUACAAGCUGCAGUCUGAUGCCUUCAUCAGAUAUGAAUUUCCUCUGUCCUGUUUACCAAUCCCUACCAGGCUGGCCCUACAGGAGGGAGCUGUUCCUGUGUUCUACAGUAACAAACUACAGAUGUUACAGCAUGGACGUCCUGCCAGCUCACUCUCGCUCAAUGCGUUUGAGUAUUUCUUCUUCCAGUUUGCAUACUUCAUGGUUCACCCACAGAACCACAAGGUGAUGAACAACUGGGUCCUACCUGCCGACAUGCUGUACCCGUGUCUACUGGAGGAUUAUCUCAACCACUUCCUCCCUGUGCAGGGGGAGCCUCCCACACUACCCAACACUGGCAGUCCUAUUGGCAGCCCCCACUCCCCCUCCCACGUCAGACAACAAUCCCCGGUCGGACCGUACCACCAGGGCCUGUCUUCCCCCUACGGGAGUCCGCACGCCAACGUGCUCGUCAGACGAGCGCUCAUUAGCCAGGGUGUGGCCGCGGGCGAUACCGGAGUCCACGAGUGCUGGCUGUCCGAGAGUUUCCUGCAGAUUAUGGCAGAGUUCUGGUUAAACCAAAAUGCACUGAGGAUCCCCACAGCCCAGUCAGAAGGAAAGUCUGCAACCUCACAGGGUGGUAAUUCUCUGGAUGUGACGUACCGCGACCUUGCACAGCAGUUGAAGGACAGUUUCAUGCCCAGUAAGGACCACGUGCGGAUCGUCAGGAUGCUGGUGAAACACGUGCACUACUUCGCUAACAGCGCCAAGGAGGUGUCUGUAACAUCGCCUUAUCACUCUCCCUCACUCCCACCCAUUGAGGAACUGAAAAGAGCGAUCAUCCCCCAGUUCGUACAGAAGAAACUGUACGCGUUUCUGCGGCACGGGUUUGACCACUGGCCGCUGGACCACACGUUCCGCCUGAUGCUGGAGACGUGGCUGAGUUACGUCCAGCCCUGGCGAUACUCCGACCCCAACAAACCCAACCUCCCCGGCAGGGAUAGCAGGGACAAGAUGAACCCGGAGAAGUGGGCCCAGUUUGUUGCAGACAACCUCCUGUUCUACACCAGCCUGUUCCACGUGUUCCUGACCAGAGUCUUCCGUCUGGACCUCAGCUCACCUCGCAAUGCCUACAUGCUCUUCAGGGUCGCAAAGGUAUACGGCCAGCCCAAUCUUGCUCAGGUGAUAGAAGACUGUGAGCGAGACCUGUGUGAGCCCGUCCCACGUAUGACCCCCGUCCGGAGACACGGGCGGGACGGUCUGUACGGCGAGGGCGCAAGUUUCCUGUCCCCGCCAUCCACCAACACAGCGGCCAUACUGAGAAUGCAGUGCCUGGAGCUGGAGUCCUCAGGGUUUGAGUACAAACUGAUGUUUGGUGAAGAGACCAGAGGUUCAGUAAGGACCCUUCAAGUUUUAUGUUUUGACAAACCUUUGAUCACAAUGAACAUUAAAGAUGAUUUCCCUUCUAUCUCACAGAUGAUACAGCUGUUACAGAUCUUGUGCCAGGCCCGCCGUACAGCACAGACCUUCACCCAACCCGAGGACAGCAGCACCAGCCUACUGGCAUGGAUGGGGCUGGGCGGACAGACCGAACCAUCCGCCGCCAUGGGGGACGGGGAGGAGUUUGGAGGGGCAGACCUGCGCAAGCUGGAUGUACACUUGGAACAGUCCAUUCACUUCCUCUGCAUGGUUUUCAGGAUUGACCCUCCAGCGACCCAGACCGAGGCCUAUCUCACCAGUCCUGGGGGCAGCCUGGAGGCUGAUCGGACUCUACCACCCGACUGUACACAGGGGGAGGCAGGACAGGUCCUCACUCCUAGAGGCAGGUACCAGAUGAUGAAUGGGUUAAGAAGAUUUGACAUUGGUUACCAUGGUGAUCCCGAGCUUCAGCCAAUCAGGAGCUACGAAAACCCCACCCUGGUCCGAGCCCUGUACAAGGUGUCCACCGUCAUGAACCAAAGAUUUUCAGACUAUCUCCAGGCUAUGUAUCACAGAGAUGACUUCCUCGGCAGACUGGCGUACCAGUACUUGUCUCCUCCGUACCCCUCCCCACCAUCGCGCCUCAGUCCGGUACAGGCCGAGCGACAUUCACUCUACUCCGGACGCCCGCGAAUCAGCCUUAGGUUUCUCGCGAGUUAUCAGAACCUGGGAUAUCUGUUGGCGUUUCUGCUCUUGGCGUACAUGUUCUCCGUUGGGCCGCUGAAACUCGUGCUGUUUUUACUGUUCGGUCUCAUCGCGUAUGGAACUGUCAUGGUCUUGGUUACAUAUGACCGAUGGAAGCCACUCAAAUACAGGCAGUGAGAUGGCUAAAGGACAGGCCGGUUCAUGACAUUGGGAAAUACAGUCGGUAAAAGCUAUCAGUUCCUAGAUCCUAUGAUGCAGAUGUUCAAUAGUUUGGGUGAAAUAAAGUUAUUUUUGACCAACUGAAAUUCAAUCCGUUUUCAUAAUCAUUAUUCCAAAGGUUUCAUAUUUGCCAUUGUAGUACCUAGUCAUAUGCACUAACUGUAAAAUGUUAACUGUAAACAUUUUAUGUUAACCAAAAGGGGAUUAGUAAGAUACAUGUAGCUUAGUGAGGUUAUUUAGGACAUUUUGGUUUGUUUUUAGGAUACCACCAUUCGUUGUACAUAUUUCAUAGAUAUUUCAGUUGUCUUGCAAACCAUACAAUUUUGUCCCUUUUAAAACCUAUAAUAAUAAACCAUUCUACGGACA